GGGAAGUAUAUACUUCCCUCAUACUAUAUUUCCUUCUUUACGAAUAACAUCGUUAAGAAGCAUGGCCCCUCUGAAAAAAACUACCAAAAACCAUAUCAUCGAAAUGGCAGACGACAAUCGCGUGGAACAUGAAGAGGCAGACGGAACCAAUCCAUCUAGACUAACUCAUGCUCAACGAAGACAAGCUGCUGAAGAUAUCUUCGAUCAUAUUGAGCAACAAGGGUACGCGUCCUUUAAGGAGGGACCCGAGUCAGUACAUAGUAGAACUCCGGGUACCUAUAGCAGGAAUUACUACUACAGAGUGCAUAUCGAUUAUAAACGAGUGUCAUAAGGAUUCUAUGGGGGGUUGGAGUACCGGCAGACCCAAGGGCAUUAAUAACUCAUCUUGAAUCCGGGAAGUAAAGUUCCCAAAGGGACUGAAGGGAAAUCCAAUCGAUGUGCCGGAUUGGUAUCGAGGUCAACAGGAGUGAGUUCAAAAGGAAUUGAAGUACCCCUGACCUGGGCCAAUCAUCUAGCCUUUGGUCUCAAGCAAAUUCACUUGGGUGGGUUUCAACCCAAUCAUCGAGAACAAGCGUACAUCGGACUCAUCUUGGAAGUCAUUGAAGAUCAGGUACGUGCUGCAGAAUUGAUACGCAUUCGCGUUCAGGAGGGGCCAGCUCUCGCUCACGUGAUAGAGAAUGAAGUGCGUCCCACCUACAAUAACAAUACCACCAUUGUUGGACUAGUCAAGGCCGCAAAGAAAAGUCAGCACAAAUUGAGUCUUGUCAGAGGGAAGGUAGAACCAAGGCCGAUAAGACUGCCGAAGACAAUUGUAAGGGUGAUUCAAACGAGAAACCGGACAAGCCCUAGAUGUAAGCCUGCUCUGUACCUCCAAGUUAGGAAAGCUCUCCCAGUAUGGAAGGCACAAGACGCCCAAAAUAUCUACUUCAGGCAAUCAAAUACGGAGCUCGACCAGCAUGGUGGGCGAAAGGCGCUCCAGCGCCAUCACAACAGGGUAGAUGUAUCAGUGUUCCG